AUGUUUUACUCCGUUGAUAUUUUAUCACGAAAAGGAAGGCUUGGUCUCAUAUGGUAAGCGUUAUGUUGUUAAUAAAGUUUGCUAAUCAUAUAUUUAAACUAGUACUACCAGCAUCUUUCGUUUACGUCGUAAGGCAUUUGUUAAUUUAUUUAACCUUAUCAGCUUAAAAUUGAAGGCAAGGCUGAUCGUACUUCGGAUUAAUGAUUUGUUUGCCCAGUAUUUCGCUUAGACAAAUUAAUCACCCAUUCAUAGCAACCCGAUCAGCCUUGCCUUCAAUAUUUCAAGGGUUAUUAUACAUUGCUGAUCCUGAUCUGCACCAAGAUACGGCAUUCACGGGGAGGUGGGGGGGGGGGAGUGAGGGGAGCUGGGGUAUCGUAGUAUGGGGGAUAAUUUGCCACAAACAAAAUUUCAACAGUGUUUUCUGAAUCGAAGAUUGGACCCCUCACUAAAAAAAUCCUGGAUCCGCCCUUGCUAUAAACCACUGUACCUGAUACAGUAUUCCAAGUCUUGUUCCUUUUAGAGUGUUGUCGGUUUUUGAAUUGUUUUGUUUGUUUGUUUAGUGAACCGGCAACAUUGUUAGUACCAUUGUGUAUUACUCUUUUACCGUGUUUAUUAAUGGAAUUACCAGAGUUGCAAGCAAUAUGAGCCUGUGAGACCAUACAUGUACCUCAAACAGUGAAAUUUGAGGUAAAACAUGUGAAAACUAUGGCACCAUGUACUAUCUGCACACCAGACUAAGUCCUAUAUGGAAAAGGACUCUGGCUAAAUAUAGCAUGACAGACAUAAUUUAUAUCUUUGUUCAUGGCCACCAACAGGCUCAAUAAAUUAUGGGAAGUGGGUUUCCAAUAUUAUUUCCUUUCAUCUUGAUUGGCAAAUCAACAAUGGCUUUUUCAACAAGCCAAUCCUGGUGCAUAUCCAAAUCCUGGUAUACAGGUGGGGCCCAGAACAAGGAUUUCAGAGCUGCAGUUACACAGACAGACUUAAGCAGAGUUUAGCUUGUCUUUGAUGCAGGCUAGCUAGGCUUACAUCACAGCACACAAGAUUCAGUCCGGCAUGUUCACACUUGUACUUUGUGCAACCGUACCCAGUUCCACAGACUACCCACUGUUUACAUUAAUUUACCAAACAACAUGAUUUAUUUCUUGCCUAAAUGUUUUUUUCAUCGAAAGGCUUGCUGCUAUUUAUGGGGAAACCAAAAGAGGGAUGACACAUCGUGAAUACAGAAAAGUCAACAUUUGCAGAGCAUGGUAUGUAUUAUACAUUUUUGUUUUCAAAAAAUAUUUGCAGCAUUCAGAUAUCCCUGCCAACCCUCUGGUACAGCCUAAUUGCACAUGUAGGAGGGGGAAGAGCAGUUAAAUCAAGGGUGAACAUACACACUGUUGGAGACAAAAAUAAGCGGCCGUCAUGAAAAGGUGACCCCCGCAGAGGGUUGGCCACCAGCAAAAAUAAACUAUAUGGAACGUCUAGAUCAUGACCACUCAAAAUAAAGUAUAGCUGCAGAUUAAAGUAGUUUCUAUCAAUGUACAAAUGUCACCAGAUUGGCAAGUGUCAAGUGACUGACUAUGUACAUGUAUUCUUCUCACUUUCACCCCACAAUACUAAAUAUACUGCUCCAAAGGAAUCUGUUAUCUUUAAAGAUGAAAAAAUAAGAACAGGACUUUGUUCGAUCACCUGCUACAUGUAUGCUGUCAAAAUGCUGUUAAGUAUCCGUAAAGCAGUCAACAUCACUUUCCAAAAAAGAUUGCUCUAACCUUUUAAUUAAGCAAGCAUAAGAAAGGAAAUGCAAAUAGUUGUAAAGAGCUUUUAUGGUUGUAUUUGUGUAGUGCACAUUGAUAAAAAAACUUUCAGCACUUACAAAGAAACAGUGGAUUGAUCCUAUGACAGUGACCUUUAAAUGUCUCCAAAGAACUGAACAUACAGUAGAUGAAACAAAUCCUGGUCAUUUGACAGUAAAUCAAAGUGAACCAAGCUAUUCUGCCACCAAGAUGCACCUUUUUGUACUGCUAGCACUAGAGCACUAGAAAAAAAAGUACUUUUCCUGGCAGUUUUAAAUCUGCCCUUUAUAAGUUGAAGCUGCUGGAGCAGAUUGAAGGUUAUUUGGGUUGCUUGCCAGAUGCUCUGAAGUUCUCUCAUGGUGAUUCCAGUUGAGAUGCUUCUUGAUAAAGGGGAGUCCCUCCAGCCAACAAAGAAGUCAGCAAAGGCAUUAUGACUCUGUAUGUCAUAUCAAGGAAUUUUCUUUGGACCAAAGAUCAUGCUGUGAAGUCUUCUGUUGAUUCAGAAACAGGACAAUCACCACAGUAGUGUACAUGUAGGCCACAAUAGAAGCCUCAUUAGGGUAAAAUUCCGACAAGCAACAUGGCCUUGAAAUAGUGACACAAGACUCAAUGAAAUGGCAACAAACGACAUAAAGGUGGGCUAAAUACCAACAGGGACAUGACCAACUCCUCAAAAUGCGAAACAACCAUAUUUGAAUUUCUGACUAGGUACAUAUGUAUCCCCCUAAUAGCUAAAAAUUAAACCCUAAGAAAUUGAAAUGAAUUCUAUUUAUUGUGAUGUGUUGAAGCUUAAUUAAAAACCAGUCAAUGCAAAACAUAUUUUGAUCAGCACUGCUAUACCCUGCAUCAAAGCACUUUUUCUGUUCUGAUAAUGAGUCCCCUCCGAUAAGAGCCCCUCUGUUUGAAACCUCUCCUAAAACCCCUUACAGCACUCAUUGUUAUGAGGUGGUUGGGAGGGAAAGCUUCAUUUUUGCUUUUUGAAGUUGGUAAAACAUCAGAAAGGCCCUUUAAGGCAAAGUGUCUGUCCCCAAUUGUAGCACAUUUUCAUUUUCAUUCAGAUGACUCUUAUGAAAAUUGUGACCAUAAAUGACAAAACCUUAUAUCUUACUUUUCACGAGUCAAGUGAACAAAAACAAACCAGUCUGUUAACUCAACUGACACUACUCAUGCAAAGCAACAAGACUUGGAAAAUUGGAAGUUUUGGAAACUUCCAUGCAUCUGAUUGGUCAACAUUCAGAUGAGCACAGUGCUCAUUGAUUAACUUAAUAUUUUAGGAAAUGCCUGACAUCCAAAUGCGUGAAGUGUCACAAAUUUUAUUAUUUGGAUGAUCAAAAUUUUAUGUGCAUCUCAUUUUACCUCUAACUACCGAUAAAUGUAGAUUAAGCUUUCAAACUAUAAAAUAAAUGUGCUUCUUUGAGACGUGGUCAAAUAUAAUGUUGGGGUGUUGGUUUUGCCCCUUUAUGUCAUUAUUUUUUAAUCUACUUUCCGAUACCGUUUCUUUUCUUUUCUGGAGUGAUUUAAAAAAUCGAAAUCCUCAGCACAGCAACAGUAAAUCCAUAAAUUUUCUUGCUCGAAGCCAUUUGCUCUUUUGCUUUUGCUUUCUUUAAUGCCAAGGCCUCUCUACCUUCGGGGAAGAACUUAAAAUAUUCCGCAAAGGAGUGCUGAUUUACUGACAAGGGAGAACUUGUAGCUGUUUUACUCCACAUGCUGUUCACAUUGUAUGCCAUGUAUCCAAGAGCCAUUUGAAGGUCUUGCCCUUGAAUCUGCCAAACUGAAGCUCAAAUGGCCAAGACGAUUGGUUCACUUCACUCUUGGCUUUGGCUUCUACCUCACCUGGCUUCUUUGAAAAGUACGACUGACCAGAAGUCUGAGGACUUUUCAUUGUUAUGUUUGCCUCUUCCAAAUAAGACACAGCUCUGCUCUCCAGCUCCAGUCACUCAGGCAAAAUGUGGUUUCAAACUAUAAAGCACAGUAUAAAAGCAGAUAUCAGAAACAUGCUCUUAACAUCAAUGGAAAUUAAACUUAACUUUAUUUUACAAGUGAAAUGCAACAAACCGUUCUUUUAACUACGAACAAUACAUGUAUAUUACAAGGGACUGAUGUACAAGGCAGUAAGCCAUGUAAACAACAACUAACUAAUAGAGUGAUUUGGCAAGCUGUAAACUCGCAUUUAAAAGACGACUUCAUCAUUAAUUUUUCAGUACAUUUCUUGGGAAUUGUGUAUAAUUUUCUUUUCUUUCUUCCUUGUGCAAAUGCUCAGGUGCGGCUGAUUAGAAGACAAUUCAGUUCAGUGUGGAACACUGCGCUACUGUAACUCGCUUUCUUUGAUGUUUCGCCUGAUUCAGGGGAAUAUAUUGAAGGAAAUAACGGAGGGGACUUUAUUUACACCACAGCUGUCAACCCCCCACAUCUUCAAAUAUUGAGAAAUGAUAGCUAGGGAACUUAUGGAAGAGAUAAUAGAUCAUGUCAUAAUGCAUGGCACAUGACCUCAUUUGUGCAACCAAUCACCACAAAUUUGAGAUGGCACAAAACACGUGAAAAAGAUGUUGUUGGCAUAGUAACAUUAUUUUGACCUGAUUGGUUUACUUCCCACAAAUCACAUUAUUAUCAAGUUACCAUGGCAUUUACCAUGUGGUCCAUGAGGAAAUAUUCAGUAUUAACAUUAAAAUAGCUCAAACAAUACAAAAUAGUUGAAAUUUUUAAUAUUCUCGGAAAGUCGAGUCUACAGAAAUGAAGGAAUGGCAACCUUUGUUGAUUAUCCGGGACAUUUCACACUGUAAUCUUGAGACCAGGAGAUACAGUCCAAAAUCUGGAGUUUCUCAUAUUAUCCGGAAGAGUUGGCAUCAAUGAUAUACUAUUCUUUGAAGCAAAAAUCAUGUUCCUCUCAUGUGUACUGUAAAUUAAAUAAACUCCCACAUGACAUUAGAUGCCGGAUAUGACUAAUCCAGACUUGAGAAAUCCUCAGGGUUCUUUGAUGGGGAAACCUUGCUGGUGAGAGGUAACCAGGACUGUAACCCAGAUUGAAUCUUAUGCCCUUUAAUUUCUGUCAGCAACACACACGUACUGUUCUACUUCUUGAACUUAACUCUAAACUGCGCCAAAUAUUGGCAAAGUGUCUGUUCCCAAUUGUAGCACAGUGUCAUUUUGAUUUGCAUGCGUUAGCUGGAACUAAGGAAUUUAGCAACAGGGUUUGUGGUUUAAAGUUUUAGAUUUUUUUUUAGAUUGUUAAAGAUUAGAUCUUUUAAUGACUUUUGUCAUUAAGUCAUAAUUCAGGUUAAGGUAUUUCAAAUUUUAUCAUAGUUCAUUCAUAAUCUUAGCAAUUAGGGAUUCAAACUCUGAACAUUACUUUUGUAUUUAGUUUCUGCCUUAAUUUACCCAUAGGUUAUCUGUAAACUAGCCAUAUAGCCCCGGGGGGGGGCACUUGGGUAUUUUUUGGGUGGGUAUGUGCCGCCAGGGACUCCAAAUUGGCACCCCGUUCUAAAAAAAAUUUCCCCUAAAAUUGAUACCCCGUUCUAGAAUUUGCCCUAAAACUGAUACCCCGUUCUAGAAAUGGGCCAAUUUUUUAUACUCCAUUCUAGGGUGCAAAGAGUAAAACAGUUUGCUUGUUAACGCAUUGAACCGUAUUUUUAAAAGCAAUCUGUCCUUGAAUAAUUUCAAAUGACUGUUUACAAAACUGGAGCUUUCGUGCGUUCGAAAUAUUAUACCCCGUUCUAGAAAUCGCCUGUGAAAUGGGUACCCCGUUCUAAGUCAGGAGCUUCAAAAUCACGACCCCGUCGGGCGGCACAUACCUAUAUAGGUAAUGUAUGUGAGUACCCCCCACCCCCGGGCAUAUAACUGAGCAUAUUCGCCACGCAAAAUAAAGUGUCUAUGUCUAUGACUCGUAUGAAAAUUGUCACUAUAGAUAAUAAAAGCUUAUGUUACUUUUCACGCGUCAAGUGAACCACAACACACCAGUCUGUUAACUACAGACACUUCUCAUGCGAAGCAACAGCACUUGAGCGAUGAGACUUGGACAAUUGGAAGUUUUGGAAAGUUCCAUGCCUGUGAUUGGUCGACUGGUUGGUCAAUAUUCGGAUGAGCACGACGCUCAUUGGUUAACUUAAUAGUUUUGGAAAUGCAUGCCUCGAAAACAUUUCCCCCAAAACACAAGGAAGAUACGCAGAUUCGCAAAGCGGCACAAAUUUGAUUCUUUUGACCAAAAAUUUUACGUGUAUCUUAUUCUACCUCUAACUACCAAUAACAAGACGUAGUUGAAGCUUUCAAACCCGCGUUCGACCUUUUAUAUAAAAGUGCGAGACGAAUAUGAACUCGGAAAGCCGGUUCCCUAUGUAAAGUGGUCGCUAAAAUUAGCCUCGUAUUUCCUGUUUAAAUUUUUUUAAGCAAGAAGAUUAAAAACCAAAAAAAAAAACAAAAACAACAAGAGGCAUUUUCGUUCACCUGAAGGUUGAACUCCCGACAUUUUUGACCGCAUUUUGCAGGCGACGGACUUUUUACGUGACUCGGCCGCCAUUUUGUGCAACAGCUUUGGCUGGGGACGGAGAGAGGCCUAAGAAUUAGUUUUCAGUCUUUCGCAAACGUAAGAGAGCAAAACACCGGGAAAAUUAAAAUAUUACGUCGUUGAGACGUCGUCAAAUAUAAUGUUGGAGUGUUGGUUUUGACUCUUUCUGUGAGAAUUUUUAAAUCUACUUUCCUACUGUGAUGACACAGCGUGACCGUUUCCAUUUACGGAUAUUAAAGCAUUUUCUUUACCAAAGUUCCGUAAAUAAACAAUUGCUGACUUUUUUUUUUAUUUCGUGGAAGGAUUUUAAAAAUCGAAAUCCUCAGCACAACAACAGUAAAUCCAUGAAUGCCCUCUCUUUGUACGAGUGACACUGCGAGCUUUUGCGCAUGCGUCUGACGUAAUUAACAGUGUAUAUGGAUGCAGAGAGCGUCAUCACAGAUAAAGACGCAAAAAGAGAAGAAAGAAAACCUGAAAAAAACAUUCAGGCUUGCCGGGUUUCUGUUGAUCUUCUCUGCAUUUAUUUCUUCAUCCCGCGGUUUAAAUAAAAUUAUAUGAAAUUCACAUGAUCGUCAUUUCAAUGUACCACAUGUGGGCGACGCACCGCUCUUUCACAAAUAAAUAGAAGACUUUAUCUAGGCUAUAGACGUGUUACUCACGUAGCACAUAUACUAAAAUUGGAACGAUACAGAGAAGAUUAGCAUGGCCCCUGCGCAAGGAUGACACGCAAAUUCGUGAAGCGUUCCAAAUUUUUUUUUUUGGUUUGAAAAAUAUUCGUUAUUUUAUUUCGCUUCCAGCUAGCAGUUGUGCUUAGUUUUUUUGCUUUAUUAAUGCUUGAAAGUCUUCAAAAAACGCUUCAAAGUGUCUAUCGUUGCACAAACCUUUAUAAAGCGUUUUAAAACCUGGAACAGUUCUUUUUGGAAGAGCUGUAACUACAGUAGAACCCUGGUAACUUGAACUCUGAAGGGAAGCGAAAAACAGCUCGAACUAACGAGAUUUCGAGUUAUCGAGGUCGAUUGAAAAAUUCAAUAUGCCAUUUUAAAAACUAAUAAUUACUGAUUUCUCAGUACUUCCAUCAGUGUAUGGUGCAGAACAAGUUUACUUAUUUCAUCACAAACGGUAACAUGAUUCGGGCACUUUUAUGAUAAAACGUGAUCUGUUCCUUUUACCAAUUAAAAUCAACUACCUUUAAUAGUGAUCAAUGUUAGUUUUAGCGUUGUUACUCUUAUACAACAAGAAGAGCUAAUGGGAUGGCAUUAUAGUGUAGUUAAAAGAACCAGAAUUCGAGUUUUCGGUGUAAAUUUCAGUGAAUUUUUGGUCAGGGAAAAGGAAUUUUACUUCGAGUAUGCGGGGAGUUCGAGUUAUCGGGGUCCUACUGUACGUACACAAGAGGUACCGGGAUCAAUACCCGGGUUCUCCAACCAAAGAUAGAGGGGUUCUUAGCCAGGGAAAGCUCACUGACAGCAACAAACAAGUACAGCUUCAACUUAACUCUAAACUGCUCCAAAUAUUGGCAACUUUAAAUAAUUAAAAUUUAAGUACCUUCAGGUUGGCUGACCAUGAUAGUUGCAAACGCACUUCUUAAUGAUUUUAGCGAAUUUCCCGUUGAUCAUCCUGUUUAACACUAUGAGACAGGACUGAUAACCUCGGAAGAUAUUACAAGAUGAUUAUUUUACCGUUGCUACCGCGGUGUGUUGGGCCAUCGGAUCAUGUCUUUCGUCUGUGUCUUUCGCAGUAUCCAUUUUUUUUCUUUUUAAGUCUCUGAUCCGUAGAGAAGGAUUGACCUCACAUUGGAAUUGAAGAUGCGCAGUGUUGGUCUUGUGGCUAUUUCCCUAGAGACCAAGAUGUCAUUGAGGCUAAAGAGGGUUGUUCUAGCUUUUCCCACUCAGAUCACCUGCACAAAAGGCUGUUUAUGUCCCCCAAUCGCCUCCUUUGGUUUAUAAAGCGGCUACCAGUGAUCUUUCAGUCCGUGGUGUACUCUUUAUCCAAAGUGCUGCCCAGGUAGGUGAAGGAGUUGACUUCCUCAAUAGGCUCACCACUUUGACUUGUUCUUGUUGACUCCCAGCUCUUUUGCAAGGGAUGUGUUUUCUGUAAAGGGACUGUUUAAGGAGGAGUCAGGAGCUGUUCAAAUCCGUAUUUAUUGCCUGCUUGCUCCGAUAUAGCAACCUCCUUGCAAAUCCGGAACCUUAAGAUUACACAAUACAACGCCAUACAAGGUUGGUGUUGUUGUUCAUCCUUUGGAAGUCGAAGAUGACCAUGACUUUAGACUGACGACUAGCGGCGGUGGGGUCCGAAAAUGGCAAGCGAGGUCAAUCCGAGCCCAGAAGGCCCGCCCACACUUGGUCCGUGGGUCUGUAGGUGAUGCAGUGGAGAUGGAGGUUGCUCUGGCUUUGUGGGCGGUACGUUUCCUCUAUGCUUUAACGGUCCGUCGGUUUUCUGCCGUAGUGGUGACUUUGCUACGCCAAGUUGGACGGUCCUGGUCAAGCGACUCCCAUGUACUGGGGCUGAUGUCCAGAUCUUUAAGGGAGCGAGUGCUUGCCCUGACAGAGUUCUCCAUUCAGUAACUAUUUAUGGCAGUCGGCUGUCAGACAUUCUCUAGACAUGGCCUGCCAAUCUAACCUGGCCUUUCUGUUGAAGGGUAUGAACGUGCGGGAUGCUGGCCCUUUAUAUGACCUCCGUGGUAGGAUUUUGUCUGUCCCGCCAUUUGAUGUGGAGAUGUCUGUGGAGGCAGCUCGAUCAGGUAGAAAUGAUUGAGGUGCUCGUUGUGUCUGCUAUAGACAGUCCAGGUCUCUUUGAGGGACCCUUUGAAGCAGUCUUUGAAACAUUUCUUGUGCUCCCAACCGAACGAUUUCCCUGACAGUGUUCGCCAUACAGUAGCUGCUUUGUAAGUCUGCUGUCAAGCAUUCUGGAGACAUGGCCUGCCCAUCUAACCAAGGCUUUCUGUAGGAGGGUGUGCACGCUGGGAUGUUGGCCCUUUCUAGGACUUCCUUGCCAGGAAUUUUUUCCUGCUAUCUGAUGUGGAGGGAUAUGCGGAGAGAGCUCAAAUGGUAAUGAUUGAGCUGCUUGGCGUGUCUGCUAUAGACAGUUCAAACGUAGAGGAGAGUGGUGAGUACCACUGCACGGAAAACCUUCAGAAAUUCUCACGGAGUCUUUAGAAGGCGACGCUGGCCUUAGCUAUCCUGUUGUUGAAUUCAGCAUCAAGGUACACCUCUGUUGAAGGUGUACUACCCAGAUAGGUGAAGUUAGGAUCAACUGCCUGUAGGUUCUGCCCCUUAACGAUAAGUAUAGACUGAUACAUAAAUUAAGCAGUGUUUUUAGUGCUGAUGGUGAUGACGAAGCUGUCACAGCCUUGACAUAAGCAGUCUGUUUCAUGCUGCAUCGUCUCCUCUGUUUUGGCGUUGAGGGCACAGUCAUCAGCAAAUAGGAAGUCUCUGAUCACGGUCUUCUUCACUUUGUAACAGACUUCAGGCGCCUGAGGUUGAACAUCCCGCCGUCAGUCCUGUAUCUGACCGGUAUUCCGUCCUGGCAGUUAUAAAAGGCAUCAGUCAGCAUGGCCGAGAAUACCAUACUGAAGAGAGCAGCCUUGUUUCACGCCUUUCGUAACUGGGGAGGCUUGUGAAUCGUCUCCGUCAUAAACACUUUAUACCAUCAUGCCAUCCUGAAACUGACGGAUAACUUCAACGUUAGCUUCUACAAGUCGUCUCUACUCACCUUAUCAAAGGCUUUGGUCAGGUCAACGAAGGUCACAAAGAGGUCGCUAAGUCGGUCUAGGCAUUUUUCCUGGAGCUGACUUGCACCAAAUAUCAUGUCCCACGUUCCGAGCGAAAAGCACUCUGGCAUUCUAGUAGGAGACCUGCUCAAAAUGUUGGAUGAGGCGGUUCAGCAGCACGCGAUGAUUGUCACUAGCUAGACUGGUGGUCUUUGCCACAUGACAGCUGUUUGAUGGCCUUUCAGACUUAAUCUGUAGGCACCACAUCAAGGUCCUAAUUUGAGGUAGGCGGGCAAUGGCCUUGUCAUUGAUUUGAGCAGGGUGGUUGACGGCCUGAUAAAAGUAUUCAGCUCAUCGCUUUAAGAUCUGCUUCUUCUCAAUCUGCAGUUGAGUCCCAUCUGUACUGAGGAGAGAAGAGAAGCCAGAGGACUGGUCAAUGUCUGUCUGCGUAGCUCUGGAUUUCAUCGGCCUUCUUGCUAUACCACGAGAAGUUUCUUCUGCGCCUUUUGUUUAGCUUUUGCAAAGGCAUCAGUCCUUGCUUGUGACGUGGGGCCAUUCUGCUCGGAACAGUUGAUGUUUUUCUGACAGCAUUGCCUGUAUGUCUUCAUCAGUCUCAUCGGAUCGGGAACCAGUUCUGAUUUCUGCAGGUUGCUAGUCAGAGUUUUUCAAAUACGGUAGAGUAGAGUGCAUCUCUGAAGGCUGCCCACCGCUCUUCAAUGUUGUCCUGGCCAUCCUGGGGUAAAACAAGAAGCCUUCCUUCUAGCCCACUAGAUUGAACUUCUGCAUCAUGACUGCUCUUCAGCGUGGAGCUAUUAAGCAUCGUUGCAGCCUUUUGCCCAUGGAGUCUUCUUGUUGGCGCCAUGCGAAGUUUGUACUUCCCUAGGACUAGUCAAUAGUCAGUUCAACAGUCUGCAGCGCACAUUGCCCUUGUCACUCUCACGUCAUGCCUGUCCCUCUUUCUUGUAUGACAUAGUCGAUCAAAUGCCAAUGCCUGGAGUGUAGGUACAUCCAAGGUGUCUUGUUAUGGUUAAGGAUGCGGAAAAUUGUGUUGGUGAUGACGAGAUCAUGUGUAGCACACGGCAGAAGCAGAAGGCCAUUGCUGUUCCCUCUCUCCACUUUUGCGGGAUAAUCUCCUUACUCCAAAUCUUGAUUGGUGAGGAGAUUGGAAAAUAUAGUCUUUAUGUCGGCCCUCAUUGACUUUGCUAAUACUCCAUUGCCAUUCUUUAGUGUCAUGGCUCUCCAUUUUCAACUCGGUGAAAAUGCCUGACUAAGGCCAGUCUUGGUUUGUCAGUCCUUCAAGGGGGGUAUGCAGCCCUGAAGAUGAUGCUACAUAGGAAUUAGAAUAUCAAAAUUAGAAAUAGAAUAUCAAAACAUAGGAGACGUUUCCGCGCGAAAUGACGUCUGAGGAACGACUGGACAAAAUCCAUACCGAAGUCAUUUCACUACCCAGACCUGGGUAAUGUUUCUGUUUGGUUGAAGCCAAUUUUCAUCUCGGCACAACCAAUCAGAAGCCCCUUUCAGAUAAAGAGUAAUAACAAGUCAUCAGUAAAGAGGUUUCUGUGCUCGUUCUUCAGACGUCAUUUCGCGGAUAAAACAGUCGUGGUCCCGCGUUUUCUCAGGCUAGCUGUUGUAAUGUCCAUAUCAUCAUGUUCGACUAGUUUGUGCCCUUCGGCGGGAAUACCUUGCUCAUGUUUUGAUUUUUAAAUUCUGGUGUAUUUGAAUCGAAAAAAUCAACUAACUAUUUGGUUUCUUUUUGUUGUAGUCGAGAUAUUGUAGAUCCUGUGGUUCCAUUCGCUCUUCGAUUAUCGUCUACCCUCAUGUUUGGUGUUGUGCUAAUUUACCGAGAACAAACAAGAACAGUGUGGUGUAAGGAAAAUUUGAUGAUUUUGCCCUGUUUUUGAUAUACUGUUUCUCUUUCUGAUUAAAGGUUAGGGGCACACAACGACAGGUUUCUUCCAAAUGCUAUUUGAAAACAAGUAUUAGAGGACUUUUCGCAGCGAAACUCGUCUUUUGGUUCCCCUGUAAGUUUCUUGGCUUUGUUGUCCGCUCCAAUCCACAAAGUGUACCACUAGCCGUUAUUGUUCCUGAAAUAAUUCAGGCGUACAAGGUUUACUGAUUUUGACAGCAGAAAAAUUAGAGCGAUUUUCGUAUGAUCUUGAAAAAUGGUUUCGGGAAGUGUUCGUUAUUUGUUUUAUCAUCCAAUGAUGAAAAGAACAAAACAUGGACUCUUCGUUUCGCGCCAAAAAACCCUAAUAUGGAGAAGGCAUUGUUCAAUUGGCCAAUCGUGUUGCAGUAUGACGUCAAAGCGAAGUAUCGAUUGAUUUCUAGAAAGUUCUCUGGUAUAACGUUUUUUCACUCGAGCGUCCUCUUAAACAACCAAAAGCCACGCGCUUUUGUAUCCGUUCGAUAAACCAAUCAAAUCGCCCUAUUAGUUGUUUCUGUUUUGUUCGCGCGUUUUCAUUCAAGGUCAUGCGAAAAUCGUUCUAUAUUUCUUCAAUUAAUGUGACUGUCUAAUUUCUUUUUAUUUUGUAGCCGAAGUAGUAAAUAUAUUGAAGAAUUUGAAAACUGCAUCUGAACUGAGAGUCAGCAGUAUUGACUUGGUCAAUCCAUCGCUAAGGUAAUACAAAAUCCCUUUGACUUUUUCCUCUGUAAAUACUAAAAAUAUUUUAUCCGAUAUCCGUUGUGAUUUUUUGUUUUCAGCUGGAUUAACAAGAGCCUACAAGGAAAUAUUUACGUUAAACGCAUCGUAUUUAAAGAAGGGACAUCUAUGUCGUCUACCGUUACGCUACGUUACGUAAUGUUUUGUUAUAUCACGUUAAGUUAUCUUAUGUCAUGUUGUGUGAUUUUGUGCGGCUCAAAUUAUUUGGCCAGUUAUGACCCAGUUAACAGCCAUUUUUCAGCAAAGUGACUCUCGGUAUCAUCUUCUCACUCAACAAGGUCCUCACCCCAACGAUCUAACAUUACAGUAUACAUACAGGACCAACCACUUCAAGAAUAAUUUGAACACCCGUCCCCCUCUUCUCUGAUUGUUCUUUCCUUCUGUCUCGAAAGACAGUGGAAAGCACUGGAAAACCAAAUUCCUGACUUCAAAGUAGGGUAUAGUGUUACUGAAAGUACCAAUUCUUGAGUGACAGUCUGUUCCAGUCAGUUGCCACAUAUGUAAGCUGUACCUAGUGAGGGUGGGGCAGCAGCUACCCCUCUUUGUUGUUCCCUUUGUCGUCACGCAACUGUUCCCGCCUGGCCUGCGAUCUCUUUGCACUCGCCCGAACAACACAAGGCUUAAUGCCGAAAUCAUUCGGCACUCAAAUGAUUCCCACGAGUCAGGGUCUAUCUCGCUGGACUUAAUGCCCCUAUUGUACACGUCCUUGCAACUUAGCACUGGGCAAACCACUGAUCUUGAUAAUGACGUACGUUCGCCAUAAAGUACAUCCCUUGAGAGGUGCCCGUCUUCUAUGCUCCGACGAUGGCCGAAUCAGCGCAAUCGUCUCAUAGAUAGAUAGAUAAGAACUGUAUUUUAGCACGAUAAAAAGAUCAGCAUUGCUGGUAGAAAGCGUAUGGAGUUCCUGAUAAAAUUUGUUUCUGGUCUUGCAAGAAUGAUGUUCUCGUUACUUCUGCGGCCUGAAUUCCUCUGUAAAAACAAAUCUUCAAAUUCCGUGACGGUGUAACUUUUUAAAAACUUGAAGACAAACUCCGUUAGUCGCAAUUUGUACAUUGUUUCCAGACUAUCCCAUCCAGUUCGCAUUAAGACAUCUUCAGCGCUGGUGUCCCAUGGCAGUACAUAUACAAUCCGUCCAGCCCUUGCAUGGAGUUUCUCCAGGUUGUUUUUUGUCUCUUGGACAACAACGCUAAUACAUGUAUACUUGUAGUGUGCUCCCCUUUGGGAAAACCUUGUUAGGUACGUUGGGUAUUUUAUUUUGCCAGGAUUAAUACCCAUUAUGUCCCUCAGGCAAUGCAGAUGGGAACUGUUAAGGCAGCAUUCCUGUCGAGAAUAAACUGUCCAGGUUUCGCUGUUACAGCGAAGCGCAUCCUAUACACAGACAUUGUAUACCAUGAUCUUGGUAUUUGAAGUCGGCUUAACGUUUUGCCACACACUUUUCGACAGUCUUUACAUGACAGGUGCUGUUUGCCGAUGCGCGUUCUGAUCUCACCCGAAAGGAAUAGAUUAGCAGGAGAUAUUAGUCUCCCUCGCAGCCGUUUUUAGUGUCGUCACGCAACGCUCCUCCCUAUAAGAGCGUUGCUUGACUGUGACGACACUAAAAACGGCUGUGAUGGAGACUGAGAGGAUAUUGGAAGCAAGUAAGUCAAAUCAUCAACUGCUUACGGGUUGUAUAUAACUCCCAUGGAGAUGCUCGACCUUGGUCCCUUCUCCUGUCAGUCAAAGCAGUUCCACCGGCCCUAAAUGCUUAGCCACACGAGCAGGUGCUUGAUAUUUAUUAAUUAUUGGGGAGCUUAAGCAACGGCGAAGGCGACAGCAACAAGAACGGCAGAAAAGUAAUAGGUUUAGAUUGACAAAACAACAACUUUGCACGUGCAUCACGCUUUUUCGUACAUUUUUUUGGCGUCGCUACACGACUCAACGUGAAAAUGCCUUAUUUCACGUUUUGUAGUGGACGUGAACACAAGACAACGACUUUCUUUUUCUUUUCCUGAACUUUGAUAUAGUCUUUUAGAAUUCAACUCCAGAGACAUUCGCCAACAUUUGACGAAUUGUGCAAGUUGGAAUAAGGGCGAUAAAGUUUGAAGUAGCGCGAAUUCAAUUUUUGAGUGAGGCUUUCGUAGACGUCGCCGUCGUUGUUACUUAAGCUCCCCAUUUAAAGAUAAAGUUGGCGGGAUCCUGUCAAGCAGUUUUGUUGUCAUAUUUAAAGAUGUUUGUGUCUGUCACUAGGGAAGAAGCCAUAACAGAUCCCUUGGAUUUCUCAACUGAGACGUUUCGAUUGGACUUGGAUGUUCACCGGAUAGCCAUUUUUGGGCCGGUAAGCAGUGACAAUAGAUAGGUUAAGCAUCACUUUUACGUCAAACGGCAAACGUGAAAUUGUACCAAGUGUCUCCCUAACUAGUCGUUUACUGUUCAUUAUUUCUACACUUAAAUUAGUAGUUUCACCCACGUUUUUUAUCCAUAAGAAUUGUUUUGAACCGUUUUUAUUUGCUCAUUCUCAUUUUGAGAAAUUCUCAACUAGAAUUUGACGUUGGCCGUUUGCUGUGUACGUGAAAAGUCACAAGAACGUUUUCGGCCUUUGUCAGUUGCUAUCGGCGUCCUUUUUCCUACCAUAGGACCGUUCAAUAUCGAUAGCUGUGUGCGACAUAGAUAGCUUCAGCCUCAAGUUGUUUAGCACCUUUUUGGUAACUUUUGCUAUAUCUGGAGCACCUAAAUAGCACCUUUUGUUAUUUAGAGUUACUCUCUGGCAACUUUUGCUAUUUGGAGCAACUUUUGACUUUGGGGGCAACUUGAUUAAAUUUUUAGCGACGUAUGGGAAUUCCCAAAAGCUCUAAUAUCUUUUAAGCCUUGUAAAACAUCAUAGAAAGAAAAUGUUAUAGCUACAAUCAGGAACCUCAAAAAAUUUAACAACUUGGAAUUCAACCUUGUUAUGUGCGCCAACUCCUGACCCCCCUUUAGGUGGACUACCCGAGGGUUGAGGUCAGUGGUUCUCAAAAUGGCGACAAACACCUGACUUCUCUGCCUCGAAUAAAAGCGGCCCUAUCAGGAUAAGAGAAUGCACUUGCACAAUGCAAACCAAAGAGAAAAAGACCUUGUUCUGAGAAGGGUUUCGUCUCACAACGUUCCAUUUACCCGAAUGACAGACUGAUGUGACCAGGCGUGAAAAUUUAGUCGCCAAUGCGUAAAAGCUGGUCGCAUUGGCGAUCCCACAGGUCGCAACGUCGAGCCCUGUGACUUUAAGUUUUGUACCCCUUUAUCUCUGCCCGCCUCGACUAGCACCUGCUGUAUAGCUAUUUGCGGGCGGAAACGGACUUCAUGUAUGUCAAUUGUUAAUCAAGUGUGUGUGGAUUCGGAUGGGAGGGAUAUGGAGUUAGAUUUGAGAGGACUGCAGUAAUGCUAAUGCUCCUUACUUAACUGCCUUUAUCCUUAUAUUCAUUAGGGGGACUACUUCACCGUAAAUGGUCAAAGAUAUCAAAGCUCGGUAUCACCACAGCCUACAGACGGAGAUUUUAGUCCCCCAAGUUUACCACGGACUCCCGUUCAACUUGAAAGCCCAGAUUUUCUUCGGGAAGGGCGUGCGCCCUCAGGUUCAGAUUUUGAACAUAGCCCUUAUCUUGCCAGGCCAGCCGAUAUAAGAAUACCUGAGGUCGACCACAUUCGUACGCGGCGAGAUGAACCCAUUGAGGUAAGUAUUAUAGCAAUCACGCCUAAGCGGUGCUUGCCAAAUUGUUUCGAGGAUAUGAAUUACUAGACCGGGAAAAAGGACAUUUGAAGUAUGAUGCAAAGACAACCUAUUUAAAAUGCAAACUGAGUUUAGCAGUUCGAAGAAACUUGAACCUAUUACGCCUAGAUACUGGACAUAUUGCCGUAGCAAUAAUUCAUUUCGUCUUGGACAAAUUUAUUCUCAACUUUAUACAGAUAUGAAAACCUAGAACCUUGUAUGAUAUUUUAUUUAUUAGUCUUCAAUCUUUUUCGAUAGAUUCCAGAUGAGAUAGACAUAACCGGAGAAUUACCUCCACAUGAUAUCAACAUUUCUCACCCUCCUUCGCCUGAUCAACCUCAGCCUCGCCCAGACGCUAGCCAGCGUUCUCCACGCCCUCGUUCCAGGUCUCCUCGUGCUCGGUCCAGGUCCCCUCGACGUCGUUCCAGAUCACCUCGGCGCCGUUCCCGCUCUCCUCAGGCUCGUUCCAAGUCACCUAGACGCCGUUCCAGGUCUCCUCGACGUCGUUCCAGGUCUCCUCGUCGACGGUCCCGUUCACCUCGGCGCCGUUCCCGCUCUCCUCGGGCUCGUUCCAGGUCACCUCGACGCCGUUCCAGGUCUCCUAGAGCUCGUUCCAGGUCGUCUCGACGUCGUUCCAGGUCUCCUCGCCGAAGGUCGCGUUCACGUCGCCGCCGUUCGCAAUCUCCGCGAUCCCGACAACCACGUUCGCCUCGUGAUCGCUCUCCUCGUCUCCGUUCUUCUUCUCGACCGAGGUCUGAACAGCCACCAGUAACAACAGAACCGUAAGUUGACAUAACAAGUAUUGUGUAUGAUAUGGAAAAAGGCAUACUGGUUUUAAGGUGUUCGUUUAUUAUUCAUUCAAUAUUUUUUCAAGCUUGUAAUAUGCUUACCGCUCCAAAGAAUUUCUUCUUUCUUUUUCUUUGUCAGCUCCUCGGCAGUUUUAAGAUAUGGACAGUUUUUCUAGGAGUUAUCUUUCCAUCUUUUGUGCGCAUUUUUGCUAUCUUUGUGUGCCAGUUAUUCGUCUAUUUUGUCUUAGCAAGGCGUUUGAAAUCAACCAUUUUUCGUCUAUUUCCACGAUCUGUAUUGCCUAAAUAGCUCACCCGCUGCCUCGCUGUUGUGCGAUGUCACUUCCCAACUAACUUGUAACCCCCUUGGAACAAGGGAGAGACUAAAAUAUCACUGCAAAUAUAUACUCAAAUAUACUUUAAGUCACAAACAUUUUGCGCUCAUUUUUAUUUUACUAACCAUGUUCACUGACCUUCAUAACCAGAGGAAUCCCACCUCAUAUGUCUGGAGUAGAACCACUGGACGAAGAGCCUUCCGCGGCUAGAGUGCUGAUGAUGGAUGAGAGAACCGGAGAGUUGGUUACACCUGAGGGUAAGGAUGCCAACUUUGUUCGGUAGGAGCUAAGGGCAUUUAAUAAAUAGGAACCUGGGCCCGGUUGCAUAAAACGUCCGUAACAAUUACGGGUACGCGUACGUGCACUCGUAACUUAAGUCAGUUGUAUGAAAUCACUUAAGUGGUCCACUUAGGGAAUUCACUUAAGUGGUUGCACUUACGAUUUUCGUAAGUGUUCACUUAAGUGUCGUUUAUGCAACAGAAAUUGCGGGUGUUGCAUAAAACUUUUUUUACGGGAAAAAUAGCACGUAAAUUUACGGGACCUAUGUAGGUCCCGUAUCGUUACUGUUUUUACUAAAUUUAACGAGAUCUUUUACUGAGAAGUGAAAAAAAGUAUUUUUCUUCACGUAAUUCGUUCUAAUGCGCUUUGUUAACCUCUGAUGUAAACUUUUGUGAAAAAAGAAGAACUAACAUUUACAGUAGAUAUUGCAGAAAAACAACCUUUGCACGCAAAUUUCAUUUUUUGAGAGGCUUAAAAGUGUUCGAAACGACUUUUAACUUUCUUUACACUCGCCGAUGGUUAGCUUAAAAAAAAAUAAAGUACUAUAUCAAGGUUACGUGUGCCCUUAAGUGAGCCCGUAAGUGACCACGUAAAACAGAAACUUACGAGAGUGCUAAGUGCGUUCCAUGCAACACCCGUAAGUGUACCCAUAACCGAUUCGUAAGUGACCUACUUAAGUGAGCACUUAAGUCCAGAUUUUAUGCAACCGGGCCCUGAGCCCCAAGACAUGAAGGCAACCAGUAAACACUCGCGAAUCUCUAGCUAAGAAAAUCAGUUUUCUGGAGUUACGUAACUGAUGAUGUUGAUGACGAACUUUAUUAAGGUGUUUAGUCUUUUAGCUGGCCUAGUAAGGCCCACUAACAGGGGACACUAAUUGAAAUACUACCAAGAGAAUCUAACUACUUAAUAUAAGAAGAAUAUUUACAUGCCUCCUAAAACUAAAAACACGUAUUUCAGCCCGACCUAUAUUUUUAGCAAUGUUUUAAAAACCAUGAGCCGUUUUUUGAUGCUGAAUCUAUCGCUUAUGAGUAGGGUAUGUUGUUGUGGCUCGUCAGCGUUAGUUUUGUACACAGUACAUGUGAAGUUCCUCAACCUGCUUCAAAAUGAACCGUUGUUUCAGAUUUCCUGAUGUUAGUAUUGUUUCACAGAACCAGAUCUUCCAGAUUUUCCUACUUCAGUUAGAGAGCCAGAUGAGGUAAGAAGAGUAAAGGCUCAGCUACAUAAUUCCCGAAAUACGGCCUAUAAUUCUUUCCCGAAUUUCCCCGAAUAAAGCUCUAAAUUAUUUUAGAAAUAUCAAAAAAAUUCUCCAAAAACUCUCUAAAAUUCCCAAAAAUUCUCAGAAAUUUCGGUUUUUUUAUUGUGAGGCCCCUUUUGGUGAACAACCGCUGAUAAGCUGUAGUGUAGAGGAUUGAGAAAAAAAACCCACUGAUUUGUUGUGCUCAGUAGACAGUGUUCUAGACACCCCUGAAGCAUGCGAUCGGACUGAGCCCUCUCAUGGUAGGAAGGAAUACAACAACAACAAAAAAACGUUUUGUCAACGUUUUUGCCUGUGAGAUGUUGCCAAAAUGUCGGGUGAAUGUUCAAAUUGCUCUAAGACUCUCGAAUUUGUCACUUUCUUUCUAAAAUUUGUGCGAUUUUCUAAAAGUAUUUUCGACGUCUUAAAUUCGCCCCCAGAAUCCGGAAUUAUGCAGCUAGGUACUAGGAGAAUCAUAACUAUAGUUAUUAUACGUGCGAAAACGCAGAAUGCAUCUGCAACACAUUGAAUUUACUUCCCAUAAAGAAGUCCAAUUAUGCAUCGUUUCCUAGUAGAGCUAUAGGCGGUUAAAUCGCCCCUAAGUCCCCAACAAUGUUGGGAGGUGUUGCGUCCGUAUCAUCCAGGGUAUCAGCCACAGGCAACCCAAGCGUACUCGCCGUGGAUUCGCACUUUAGUGGUCAUUUAGUCUAUGGGUAUUGUCUGAACCCAAAUAGAAGAAAACCUCACAUCAAUAUCAAUAAACAUAGACUAGAUGUCCUCUUAAACCCGAAUCCACCCACAGUAACGCUUGGGCUUCCAGCGGUACAUAACUCAUAGUUUGAUACCUUCAUCACCAGUGAGUGGUCCAUAUAAACCCUUUACUCAAUGAAUGACAAAUUCUUUCCUCUUCAGUUGGCUGUCCCCCAGGGUUUUGUUACCCCCGGGGGAGUGGUCGUUACCACUACACCCUCCCCGCCAAAGAAGAGGAGAAGAAUGGCUAUUGACAACGUUAUUACACUUAGUAAGGAAGUUAUGAAAAGGAACGUUGAUACUGGAGGACGAGAAACUCUUUCUGAACGGGUGAGUAAACUGGAGUACCUGAAAAGACAUAUCAUUGGCCGUUUUGAUGUUGGCAAACUGCAGCGCCGCGAGACGCAAGGCACUGGGGAGUAUUAGGCUAUGUUCAUGCUAUACCAGAUAGCUUUUGCGCAGGCGCGAAAACCGGAUAGGGCUUCUGUUCACACACAAAAACGGUGAUUUCGGCCUGAUUUCUGUGACGGAGUGAAGCUGCACCGCGCCAAUAUCGAAAGAGGAGCGUCACAUAUCGGAUAAGUUUCUGUGCCAUACUUUGGUGCACUGUGAACACCUAUUCGGACCGUCGUCGCGGAAGUGAAUAAGUAGGAACGAAGAAUCGAACCCACUGAAACGGAGGUAAACAUUCGGGAGUGAGGACUGGGAAUUAGCGCGCAAACCCUCCGAGCCAACGGCUCCAACACGGUGUUCGGUGUGUGUGAACAACUUGUUCCGGUUCUGUGCUGUUGCUGUUCACGCAUGUACUAUACAGGAUACCUUUUUGUGUCGGCAUGAUAAGCUAUCAGGUAAAAUGCGAACAUAGAAAAAUCGCCUGUGUCUGUGAAGAAAAAAAAGGGGAAACUGAACUCAGGUUUUAUACGCAAAUUGUUGACUCGGCUCACACAUCUCGAAUCUAAACUUUAGGUUUUGCAGGUGGAUAGUUCUUGGUUAUUUUGUUCCUAACUCUGUUAAUGAAGAAGGUUCAUUUUAACUUGAGUCCUUACUUGUGUGAGUUGACUAAUUUUCUUUUAAUGUAAGUAAAAAAAUCAGGUUUUUUAUGUCUUUUUUUUUCUCAUCAGAAACUUGAUGAACAUUACUUAAAAUCAGCGAAGGACUUGUUUAUGGAUCCAACUACAGCAGGUGAGACGUUUAAGAGGGAAACGUACUAAACAGAACAAUUUCAACAAUCAGUCUUUACUGAAAUUAUAAUAAAGUAAACUUUGAGAUGAUUUAAGCCAAACAGAUGGCUUGUAAUUUUCGUAAACCUCUUUAUUUGUCUUUAUCGAAGCGAGUGAAGCCAGAAACCCGGUUUUUCUAAUCUUUUCAUCAAUCGUUUUUAUUUUUACGUUUGGAAAAUGAUCAGACUAUCUUAUUUAAAGUAUACUAAUGUUAACAUGAAAAAGAUUUAAAAACAGAGAAAUCGAAAACUGUUACAGCUUAGAGCUUCUUACGGAAUGAAAAGAUAUGAAAUAUUUUCAUGCUCAUGCCAACGUUUUAACUCUUCCGUUAGAUUAUUUUCAUUGGCUCAUUUGUGUAUUCAUCUAGCACUCGGUAGCCAGCCGUUAUUGGAAUUAUGGAAAAGAAAUGCUGUCACCACCCCUGAGGAAUAUCAUUCAAGUGAGCCUGAAGAGUCGGGUGAGGGAAGCCCAGAUCUUCCCAGGUCGUCACGUGGUGAAAGUAUUGAGGUGAGCACUCGCUAUCGCCAGAGCUGUUAAGGCAACACUAAAAAAAUAGUUUAGGGCUCGCAAAUAUAGCCUGCGGGUGGAGAAAAGGGACGACGGCAAAUACGUCUUGGGUCGCAAAUGUAGUCAAGUCUCUCUUGCAACCACUCUCACAUAUUAAGGAAGCUUAGGAUGGAUUAUCUUUGAAACUCUCCUGUUACGUCGGAUGUCUAUUGAAUUAUCUCCUGAAACAAUUUACUUGAGCAUGGUUUGAUCCGUUAAGAUGGACGAUAAAGCAAACUGUGGAAAAUAUCUAUCCAAGGAUCUAUAACGUAAAGAAAGCAACUCCCACACUAGGCCUAUGUCGCGGCGUUUUCACUGUCUAGGUUGUUUUCUAGAUACAUUUUAGUAGAUGACAGCUUCGCUCCGUGUAUGAGCUCAUCCAAGUAGUAUAGGAAGGACGGGCGAGACCCAACUUUUUUCACCAGAAAUUUCAUUUGGGAGGGCAGGAACAGUCUCUUCCCCAGGCCAGUUCUCGCUAUCCGUCCUCGUUUUAAGGAAUCGACGGUCAAGAAAUUUCUCGACCAUCGAUUCCUUAAAGAAAAUUAUUCGAUAACUCUCUGUGUUUGCUGGCAAACUUGGAUAAAAGAAUCCCAACCUCUUUUCGACGCUCGAGCUCCUUUCAUUGCUUUGAGAAUUUGGCAAUGGCUGGAGACUUGGCCGCCAUUAUGGAUUUGCCGUGGUUUGCCAGGCGUCCUUGGAGAAUUCUCCCAACAAGCUUUACAGGUGAUGAUCGCCGAGGACGUCUAAGGACGAGGCUGGGGUAGGAAUACAUUAACGCCGAUGACAUCAUAGCCUUCUUCUUAUUCUCAUAAACAAAAUGCGGCGGAAUAUAACUCAGCUAUUUCCCUUCUCAAGUUUUUUUUUAUAUUAGUAUUCCCUGACACGAGUACAUGGAAAUUGCUCUUUCCUGCUCAUGGGCUCUUGCUCCUGAUCUGCCAUACUUUGUCAGUCGGUAACGAGCCAAUACUUCAUUCGUCCCUGUCCCUUUCUAAAGUACCUAAAAAUAAUACGUAGCGGCCUUGUUGAUAACUUAAAUGAGGCUAAUUCAGUAAAAUGAUAAUGCGUCGGGCUCACAAGCACUGCACUCUGACAUCAUUGCUUUUGUUUUGCUUUUAUGUAUUUUAUGUGUUAACAUAUUCCUCGCUCUGUUCAUAGCUUGCCCGCAGAAUUGAAACCCCGUCCGAGAGGGAGAUACCAAGAGCAGCGGCAGAGGGAUCUGGAUUGUUUGAACGUUCGUCCGUAAGUGCUGACUUUACUCCAGAUCUACAAGGUAAAUGAUUACUUCGCAUGACGGACAACUGACAGUUAAGAUAUUAGCUCUUUUAUCCUCUUUACAGUGAUGUAAAGUAAAGCCACGUUCUUUACUUAGCAUGCCAAUUUACUGUUUCACUCAGACUUUCGAUCUGACACAGCUCCGCAGGGGGAAUGUCUCACAUUUUCACUGCAUAGAUCAAACGCUUUGUCGUUCACUACUGAUUCGAAAAGCCGCUGACAGAAAAACCGGCAAGGGAAGAGUACAGAUUGGAGAAAUAUGAAAUACGAAAUAAACUUUAUCAUGAUGAUUGUAAAGUCGUAUUUCCCUUGAGAGACUACUUAAUCGAAACUUUCAGAUCGGUUGCGCCCUUUGCCAUGAUUGGCAUGCCUUAAGAAGAUUCCAAAUAUAAAAAACAAGAGAUCUAAAAAAGCGUUAUCAUUAGUUUUCAUACUUGUUUUUGUCCUUCUUCUCUUAUAGACAGUGGUCUCAAAAGGGACCUUUCACUGAGUAGUGAGCAAGGCAAAAAAGCAGAACUGGACUUGGAACCCACUGCUCCACGUGGAAGGUGUGUUGUCAGAUCUUCUUGAGAUUGUCUAUCUGGCAUUGGUGGGUGAGUCGUGCGCCGUGGACCGUGCGUUUGAGUCGUGCCUUGUAGAUAACGCGUUGUGGGAAGUGGGUUAUUCUACCUGUGUACGAACAGCGAGAGCUGAAUUAGAGCAACCCUCGAUCUACUUUCUAUUCCGUCUCUAAUUAAACGUUUCAGCUGUUUCAUAGCUUUAUGUUUAUCGAAACUCAUACGGCUUAAAAUGGCACGAACGCUCUGACUCAUAUAUGACCGUAAAUUUCUUAAUUUUUUAAACCGAGGAGUCACGUCAUACAUAGGUGUGAUAUGAUCAUUCCGGUUAGUUUCUUCCUGAAAAUGACCGUUUGUCAUUCGAGGGUGAGGGACUCCCUAACGACCUAUGCGGUUGUCAUUGUCAGAGUCAAAGUGAGUUGUGUAUCGUGAAGAAUCCUGAAGACGGUGAUUUUCAUACAUCUGGAGAUUCCACAGCGGAAUUCAGUUCCAUCUACUAUUGUCUAAAAAAAGUUGUCCCAAGGUCACUUUACGAGGGUGGAAUGUAAUUUACGUUCUGUGACACAAGUGAGUCGUUGUCGCGUUACAGGCGACCGGUGAGUCUUUGUAUGAGAAAUAAAAUAUUGAGGUGUGCAAACGUUUUAACGAUAUUUAAAUAUAUCGUGUUAUGAAUGGAGUUACAUGGGUUACGCAAUGAAGCCAAACCUCGACUAAAUCGAUGAAUUCACACCAAAAAACACAGGAAUACAUCAAAGGUAAGUCGUCUUUACUCGUUUUAUUAAACAAACGGUAGAAUGUAACAAUAUGAUUUAACGUCCAUAAACCUCAGUAUUAUAUUUCCCAUACAACAACUUAACGGUCGCCUUUGACGCGAAACCGACUCGCUCGGGACACAGAAAGUAAAUUAGAUUCCGCCCUCGUAACGUGAGCGUGGGAUGCCUGUUGUCUAAAUGAACCGCUGAGCCUCGCCGUAGCUAAGAAUUCAUUUCUGCGCCACCAGCCUGCACCAUUCGAACCUGUGGAAACUUAACUGUAAUGUGAUUAAGCGUGCUUUUCCAUUUGGACUAAAUGGUGCUCCGAAAACAUCUCAGCUUACUGACCUGACGUCUUAUUCCAGAUCUUCUUCAAUACUUCACCCGUCUAUCGGGUAUUUGUCGCCGAUACUGGAACCACCCGUACAGGAACCAUCUGAUCUGGAUGAAUACAUGGAUAUUGGUGAGAAAUAACUAAGAAGUGCGUUACGAUGGAAUGUUGAAACCGUAUCCGCUCUUAACUCGUCCCCAGGGCGAAACGAGUAUGUAAUUUGGCUGCACAGCGAAGUCGAUCGGAGAAAUCGCAUCGCGCUUUUUUACGAGGAAUUCCAUGAUCUAGUACUUUAAGGCAGACACGCACGCUCUUUCGCCAACUCGUGUCGCUAUAGACGUCCAUUAACGGGAGGUUAUCGACCUUUUCUUGGCUGUUCCAAAAAGUUUAUAAAAGAUACUACCACCUAUAAAUUUAUAUUCAGUCAUCCCGAAAAUUUUUCGACUAUUAUUAUUAUUUAUUUGACCAAACCUCCACUUUGAUUAGUAGCUGAAUAAAUAAGCAAGUGUGUAUUUGUUAUGAUGACCUAUUUUUCCGUAAAUCUAGACCCCGUAUGAGACUGAUACCUCGUUAGGGUAUUAGCCCUGCGGAUUGACUUCUUCGCUGAUGGAUACGUUUUUUCAUUCUUUCUUACCAUCUACUUUUAUACAAAACCAAGUUGCUAUGAUUCAGUUGUCAUAAAUAAAUAAACAAGAAAGUGAGGACUUGUUUUAAAGUAAGUGUUUAAUCGGGUUAAGAGAGGGUCCAUUUUAAAAUAAUAUUUUUACUAUUCAAUCGAACACUCAGGUGAUCUGCCGACUCUUACAGAGCAGCCUGAAAUCACGCUACUAGAAGAGCGGACCAAUGAAACUUUGAGGUGAGUAGUCAUUGAGAUCAGACUCCAGGCGGUCUCAUAGUUUCUUCAAAUUAACACCGGUUACGUUUAGGCAAACUUGAAAUGAAACUGACAGCCUUGCCAUUUUUGUCGUUUAUCGCUCUUGCGACCUAUGAUUCUAUAUGAGACUUUCAAUUAUUUUGACAUGCCCAGAUCAUUGUAUGAAUUACUCUUUGCUAUGACCUGUUACAGAUCGUGAAAUUCACAAAAUCUUCACAAACACCGUGACCCAACAUUCACUUGCCGAAGCUACUCUUGUAGUACCAUCUGUAUGAAAUGUUGUAAUAUUGACACUAAUGUACGUAAUAUCGCUUGUCGCUUGCAAUGUUGAAAUCAACUGUUUGCAUUAUGAUACGUAUAGUUUGGCAAAGUUGCAUUUAUUCAAUUGCAAUGUGGUAUGCAUCUGCUUCGCAUGUCACAUGCAUUCGCUUGCCUUGUUGCAUACAUCUGUUUGACUAAAGUUUCACUAUUCAGUUUGGUUACCAAAGCUCUUAGAGACACUGAUGGGCCUCUUGUGUUCAGCAACUUAUGGCGUCAACGUACACCUUCGAGAAAAACUGCAGCAACGACCUUUUUUCAUCUGUUAGGUGAGUGACUUUCUGAAGAUUCGCCCUGGUUUAUUUGCUGUCAGCUAAAACAUCGUCCUCAGCUUUUUCACACAUCUAAAAAAACAAAAAGCACCCAUCUUUAACGAUAAAACUCAAAUACACAUUGAAGUAGUGGUGACUAAAAUUUGAAGACGCAAAUCAAUAAAAACGAGGAUCACCAGACUAAAAAUUGGCGCGCUCACACUUGGUGCCCGAAUACGAUAGUCACUGGGCAGUAAUGAGAACACUACUUUUUUUUAGUACCCACGCCAGAAUGCGGGCAUGGCCGGGUACCUCUGUACACGUGUUUUCCAUUGGUUCCGAGGCAGCUUAACCCACAAUCAACUUCUUCGCAUACCCAUAACUUCUUGCUGCGCUCCUUUUGCAAAAACGGCGUCUGCUGAAGGAGCAAAGUGGACAAAAGAUAAUUUUUGCACUCAGAGUGUGGACAAAGCACCAUUUUGUACCCGUCCCCGUUCACACGGGUGCAGGUGUGAACGUUGUCUUAUUGGUGCAGUAUUCUUUAUUAUGAGAAAUUUCUGCGAUUUGAUUGGCUUAGAGUAGUGGUAUUUCAGCUUAAUUUGAAAUACCAACAUGUGAAAAUUACAAACCGUUUGCGGGUAGCAGUAUAAACACAUGAUAGCACGAUUUGUACGUGAUAUUUGGCAUAAAUACUACUCGUGAUAUUUCAAAAUUGUCUAAAAUUACGUGUAACAAUUUCAAAAUAUCACUCUUGGUAUUUAUGCUAAAUAUCACUACAAAUCAUGCUAUUACCUAUAGUAAUACCGUGAAUGAUCGAAUGAUUCUUUGGCGCAUUUGUAAAGGCUGUCGCGAAUAGUGAUGUCAGAAAAAAGGUCGUAUGCUGUUAACCAGGAAAAGAAAGAUUGGUUGCUUAACAAAUCUUUUUUCUUUUUAGCUCUACACAAAGAAGGAGUGUUUGAACUGAAGCAGAGAGAUCCAUACAGAAUGACGAACAUCUAUAUUCUGAAAGGAGUGAAAUAUUGA